AUGCGCCAGGACACCAGGCUCGUUAACUUCUUGGGGGAGGUCGACGAAGCUCAGGCCCUGGCGGCUCUAAACGAGUACCAUGCGGCGGUCUCCGAGACCAGCGUCAACAUCAGGAACAAGCCCGCAUACCUCAUGGGGAUCUUGCGCAAGUACAAACAGGGCCAGCGGGCGCCUCUGGGGAACGGCACCGCCGGGGGGAUGGUAACGACGCCAAACGCCAUGGGGCGCAUGGGGGCGGGGACGGACGGGCUAUCACCGUCAAUAGCGAGCCGCUUGGAGAAGCUGUACGAGAGCGGUUUCAUCCAGAAGGCCGACGUCGAUCAGAGGUGCAUGGUGUUCUUCCGAGACCUGACGGAGAAGGAGGCGGAGGCAGCAAUGGACGAGUUUGGGCAGAGCGACAUCACGUCCAUCCGUAACAAGAGUGCCUUCCUCAUGUCCAUUCUCAGGCGGCAUCACCAGGACUUCUACGGGGGGAUGUACGGCCACGCGCCACCGAUGCCCCUGUUCAAUGCGUACGGGCAGCCGAUGGCCACGUUUAUCCCGCCGCACAUGCCCAUGUACCAAGCCGGGACCACCGAGAUGCUGCCGGCGAGCAUUCAGCUCCGGCUAGACCAGCUGGCGGCGACGGGGUUUUGCCACGCCGGAGAGAUUGACGACAGGUGCCGCAAGUUCUUGCGGGAGGUGCCCGAGCACAUCGCUCUGCAGGCAAUAGAGGAGUUCAUGUCGACAGAGCGAAAAAACAUCCGGAAGGUCUCCGCGUACCUCAUGGGCGUGAUCCGAAAGCACGCCGACAACUACCGGGGCUUUGUGGCCGUGGGGACGUCGGGGGGACCGCCUGCGGGGCUCCCUUCCCCGUACGAGGCAGGCCUGAAGCGCAUUCGCGAGUACAACGACUUCUGGGCGAAGCAGCAGCAGCCUAGGCCGCAGGGGGGCUCGGCCCUGUUGGAGCGCAUAGCAGGGGCCCCGGCGAAGGUGCAAGCGGGCAUCACCGACCUCAUCGAGAAGGGCAUAGCGAUGGAGUGGGACAUCGACGUCCGCGUAACGAACGCGUUCUUGGGGUUGACGGAAGAGCAAGGCGUCGAGGCCAUCGAGGAGUUCGCCUCGUGCGACAUGACCCGCAUUCGGAACAAAAGCGCUUACCUGAUGGGCCUGCUGAAGCGGUACAAGUCUGGCGCACCCCCGCCUCCUGGACUUGCCCAGCGCUGA